AACGACGUAAUUUGGAUUUGGUCGUAAUCGCUUAAAUUAAAGCCGGUUGGUCGAGGUUUGUCGGCGGUUCCGUCUAGCUCGUUCGGGUGUUUGUCAUUGUUCUGUUCGGUAUUCUAAGAAUAAAUACACUGUUAAUAAAACACAUUACAGAAUAAUUUAAACGUUAACACAACAAUAUUCUGUAGAUAAAAGUAAAAAUGUCAGUGAUGGGUAAAGUUGUUAUUCCAAAUUUAUCGAGGAGGGGUUUCGUGAAAAUAGGCGCCGCGUUGCAAAGUGUUAAAUCAAACAACUACUUUACAUACACCCAGGAGUUAUCGCAACCUUUGGACAGGAAACCCGAACGUGUCACUGCGGAAGAGGCGUUUAAAAAAUGUUUAAAGUCAGGUCAGACGGUGUACGCGCAGGGGGCGGCUGCUACCCCAGUGCCACUACUCAACGCGAUGACAGACGUCGGAAAGUCGGGCAACCUGCGCGACAUUAAGGUGGUCCAUAUGCAUACGGAGAAGGAGGCGGCGUAUGUCGCACCUGAAUGCAAAGAUAUAUUCAGAUCAGUAUCUCUAUUCAUGGCUGCAAACGUUCGGAAGUCAGUGGCGGAGGGCAGGUCAGACGCAAUCCCCAUCUUCCUGCAGGACAUCCCCAAGCUGUUCCACAGGAAGAUCAUACAGCCCGACAUCGCUCUCAUACAGGUAUCGCCCCCCGAUCAGCAUGGCUACUGCAGUUUGGGAACAUCGGUGGACUGUGUGAGGUCAGCACUCGUUAAUUCUAAGAUUAUUAUAGCUCAAAUCAACGUAAAUAUGCCGCGUACUUUCGGUGAUGCUAUCAUACAUGUAUCUCAUAUUGAUUAUGCUGUUGAAGAUAAUACUCCAUUGCCCGAACACGGUAGUAAAGGACCAGCCAGUCCUGAAGAGAUGAAGAUUGGUCAACUCAUCGGUGAUAAUCUGGUUGAAGAUGGAGCUACUUUACAGAUGGGUAUCGGCAGCAUCCCUGACGCGGUGCUCUCCGCGCUGAAGAACCACAAGGACCUCGGCAUCCAUUCGGAGAUGUUCAGCGUUGGUGUAAUAGACCUCGUGCGUAGAGGAUGUGUCACCAAUAACAAGAAGAAGACUCACAAAGGCCGUAUUGUGGGCAGUUUUCUUGUUGGCAAUCGAGAGCUCUACGACUUUGUGGAUAACAAUCCUUUCAUAGAGAUGUUGGAGAUUGACUACGUGAAUAAUACUCAUGUGGUGUCUCUGCAGCCAACAAUGACAGCUAUCAACUCCUGCAUUGAGGUGGACCUCACUGGACAAGUCUGCGCAGACUCUAUAGGUACCCGCAUGUACUCUGGCUUCGGCGGGCAAGUGGACUUCAUCCGCGGAGCUGCGGAGUCAGUAGACGGGCGCGGGAAACCCAUCAUCGCGCUCGUCUCCACCACCAAGAAGAAUGAGACCAAAAUAGUACCCACACUUAAAGUUGGUGCCGGUGUGGUAACAACUAGAGCGCAUGUCCACUACGUGGUAACCGAACAAGGCAUAGCUUAUUUAUUCGGUAAAACGUUACGUCAACGAGCGUACGAAUUGAUCAAGAUCGCGCACCCCGAUCACCGCGAGGCUCUCGAAAAGGCCGCUUUUGAGCGCCUUAAGUGCAUGCCCGCGCCUUAAAAACCAUAGACUAAUGUUGCCAGCGUAGAAAUAUACUACAAUUUAGUAGAUUCUACUUAAAUCCUACUAAAAUCCUUUUCAGACCAGAAAAAUAAGUAAGUUGUUGGGAACUACGCUUGAAUCGACAAAAGAGCAAUUAUUAUAAUUUUCUUUCGUAUUUAGGAAAACGGACACAGUGAAAUGCAUGUUUUAUUUUUAUGUUUGGAUGAAAUGUACCAAAACAUUGAUAGUUUAGUAGUCAAUUUUUAGACUAAACCAACCAAUAUAUUUCAAGGAUAUUAACAAAUUAAAUGCGUUGUUAAACGUACGAAUAGCCUUUGAUUUGGUUCUGAAAGGGAUAAAUAUAUCAGGUUAUAGAGUAAUCAAAACUCAACGAAUGUUAGUAAUAAAUAGAUGAUUGU